AUGAGAAAGAUUCUUUUGAGCGUGCUUCUUGUGGUUCUCCUCUUCAUCCUUGUCGACACAGUCAACGUCAACCACGAAAAAAGACAAUCAUUUCUAGGACAAGGUGAAAAAAGACAAUCAUUUCUAGGACAAGGUGAAAAAAGACAAGCACUCCGAGGACCAGGUGAAAAAAGACAAGAAUUAAAUGGACAAGAAUUAAAAGGACAAGGUGAACCAUGUAAGACAGACGAUGAUUGUGCUUGUCCUUUUGCUUGCCGUAUUCAUGGUGAAGAUACAUUUAAAUGCCAACUAACUGAUACAAGAAAGAAGGGAGAAUCUUGUUAUCCUUGUGACAAUAACCCUAAUUCUGCGUGCAAGGAAGGUCUAAAAUGUUUUUUACUGACUGGACGUGAAUCGAAUGAUUUUGUAAUGAUGCAUAAUUAA